GGGUCGCCCCUGCUCGGUCGGCGCACCGCCCGCCUUAAAUAGCUGCUCGGACUUGUCUCCGUGGCCCUCUGCGCGUCCCUGCUGCCUUGCCUCCUGCAGCCUCUCCCUAGGUCUCCUCCAAACGACCGCCUCACGGAUUCCUUAUGGAUCGCAGCUCCAAGAGGAGGCAGGUGAAGCCUUUGGCAGCUUCUCUCCUGGAAGCUCUUGAUUAUGAUAGUUCAGAUGACAGUGAUUUUAAAGUUGGAGAUGCUUCAGAUUCUGAAGGGAGUGGUAAUGGAAGUGAAGACCCUUCAAAGGACAGUGGAGAAGGCUCCUGUAGUGAUUCUGAGGAAAACAUUUUAGAAGAAGAACUGAAUGAAGAUAUUAAAGCAAAAGAAGAACAGCUUAAAAAUUCUACAGAGGAAGAAAUAGUGCCCUCAGACAAACAGUUAAUCAAAAUGGAAAAGAAGGAAGAAGAAGAAAAUGGAGAAAGACCUAGAAAGAAAAAGGAGAAAGAAAAAGAGAAAGACAAGGAGAGAGAGAAGGACAAAGAAAAGGCAACAGUGUCUGAUAGUGCAGCUGCUUCUGCUGCUGCCAGCACACCAGCCACAAGUCCUGCUGUUACCUCUCCUUCUGUCCCUACCACAACCACCACCACCGAGGAGCAGGUCAGUGAGCCCAAGAAAUGGAAUCUUCGUCGGAACCGGCCCCUUUUGGACUUUGUAUCCAUGGAAGAGCUGAAUGAUAUGGACGAUUAUGACAGCGAGGACGACAAUGAUUGGAGACCGACUGUAGUAAAGAGAAAGGGGAGAUCGGCAUCUCAGAAGGAGGGCAGUGAUGGAGACAAUGAGGACGAUGAAGAUGAGGGAAGUGGGAGUGAUGAAGAUGAGAAUGAUGAGGGUAAUGACGAAGACCAUAGCAGCCCUGCUAGCGAAGUGGGCUGCAAGAAGAAGAAGAAGAGUAAAGUUCUUAGCAGAAACAGUGCUGAUGAUGAGGAACUGACCAAUGAUAGCCUGACCCUUUCUCAAAGCAAGAGUAAUGAGGACUCGCUGAUUCUUGAGAAGAGUCAAAACUGGAGUUCACAAAAAAUGGACCACAUUCUGAUUUGCUGUGUUUGUCUUGGAGAUAAUAGUGAAGAUGCAGAUGAAAUAAUUCAGUGUGACAAUUGUGGCAUUACAGUUCAUGAAGGUUGUUAUGGAGUUGAUGGGGAGAGUGACUCUAUUAUGAGUUCGGCUUCUGAAAACUCCACCGAGCCUUGGUUUUGUGAUGCCUGUAAAUGUGGUGUUUCUCCUAGCUGUGAGCUAUGUCCUAAUCAGGAUGGAAUUUUCAAGGAGACAGAUGCUGGAAGAUGGGUCCACAUUGUUUGUGCCCUAUAUGUUCCUGGAGUAGCCUUUGGAGAUAUUGAUAAGUUACGACCAGUAACACUAACAGAAAUGAACUAUUCUAAAUAUGGUGCCAAGGAGUGUAGCUUUUGUGAAGAUCCUCGCUUUGCUAGAACUGGAGUUUGCAUUAGCUGUGAUGCAGGGAUGUGCAGAGCCUAUUUUCAUGUUACCUGCGCCCAGAAGGAAGGCCUGCUUUCAGAGGCGGCAGCAGAAGAGGAUAUAGCAGAUCCAUUUUUUGCUUAUUGUAAACAACAUGCAGAUAGGUUAGACAGAAAGUGGAAAAGAAAAAACUACUUGGCUCUACAGUCCUAUUGUAAAAUGUCUUUGCAAGAGAGAGAAAAACAACUAUCUCCUGAAGCACAGGCAAGGAUCAAUGCCCGACUGCAGCAAUAUCGUGCCAAGGCAGAGCUGGCUCGAUCUACCAGACCACAAGCCUGGGUACCAAGGGAAAAGUUACCCAGGCCACUCACAAGUAGUGCUUCAGCCAUUCGUAAACUGAUGCGCAAAGCAGAACUAAUGGGGAUCAGUACAGAUAUCUUUCCAGUGGACAAUUCAGAUACUAGUUCUAGUGUGGAUGGAAGGAGGAAACAUAAGCAGCCAGCUCUCACUGCUGAUUUUGUGAAUUACUAUUUUGAGAGAAAUAUGCGCAUGAUUCAAAUUCAGGAAAAUAUGGCUGAACAAAAGAAUAUAAAGGAUAAAUUAGAGAAUGAGCAAGAAAAGCUUCAUGUAGAAUAUAAUAAGCUCUGUGAAUCUUUAGAAGAACUGCAAAAUCUGAAUGGGAAACUUCGAAGUGAAGGGCAAGGAAUAUGGGCCUUACUUGGCCGAAUUACAGGGCAGAAGCUGAAUGUACCGGCAAUUUUACGAGCACCUAAGGAGAGAAAACCCAGUAAAAAAGAAGGAGGCACACAAAAGACAUCGGCUCUUCCUACAGUACUUUAUAGUUGUGGAAUUUGUAAGAAGAACCAUGACCAGCAUCUCCUUUUACUGUGUGACACCUGUAAGCUGCAUUACCAUCUUGGGUGCCUUGAUCCGCCCCUUACAAGGAUGCCGAGAAAGACCAAAAACAGUUACUGGCAGUGCUCAGAGUGUGAUCAGGCUGGGAGCAGUGACAUGGAAGCAGACAUGGCCAUGGAAACAUUGCCAGACGGAACCAAACGAUCAAGGAGACAGAUUAAGGAACCAGUGAAAUUUGUUCCCCAGGACGUGCCACCAGAACCCAAGAAGAUUCCAAUAAGAAACACGAGAACCAGAGGACGAAAGCGAAGCUUUGUUCCCGAGGAAGAAAAACAUGAGGAAAGAGUUCCUAGAGAAAGAAGGCAGAGGCAGUCUGUGUUGCAAAAGAAGCCCAAGGCUGAAGACUUAAGGACUGAAUGUGCAACUUGCAAAGGAACUGGAGAUAAUGAGAAUCUCGUCAGAUACCCUUCAUGAGACCCAACUCUGCCACAGCUCAUCCUCGGAGGCAGUCCUGGAAACCUCUUUUAUAAGUGUGAUUUUAAAAUGUGGAUAAAACUCUCAAUAGAGCAUAUAAACUAAAGGAGAACAGCUAUCUUGUCCUUCCCAUAAGCUUAUCACUUCAAAAGUGCUUUUGCUUGUCAGGUUUGGAUAGAAUGUAAUUGAUUGGUCUGUUAUAUGGGUAGACAAGGCAGUUAAUUUGCCCGUGGAUUUUUUUCCUUUUUUCUUUCUAUUUUCUUCUUUCUCCCCUUCUCAUUUUUUUUUUUUGUUACAAUACUCAGAAACACUUGGUGUACGCAUUAUUAAAAACAACAGUGGGUAUUGUCUUGUCAGAAUUGUUUUAGUGGGUAAAUGUCUUUCCCUCUUGCUCCUUUGGCUCGAGACAAUACAGUAUUUGGACUGAAUGAAGACUAAAGGAAGCCAGUGGGAUUACAUGCUCUGUGCUUCCCUGUUGUUGAACACUUACCUCCGUUAUUUGUUUGUAAAAGGACAAUGCUUGCCACUGAUCUGCAAGUCUGUAUCAACUUAUUUACUACAUGUAUUCACACAUGAAAGAAAUUCUUCAAUGAGAACAACUCUAGACUCAAAUUUAAUUUCUAUUUGUGAUAUUCAGCAAAAGUGAAAGACUGGUGAAGAUUACAACUUUCUGGUUUUUCUAGUAUGAAAGCACUUGAUAUUAGCAUGGACAUAUGAUAACUAGAAUUUAAGCUCAAGAAUAAACGUACUAUCUGUAUUAGUCUGUAGGUACUUUUUUCAGAAAUACCCAAAUUCAUUCCUUAUUGUUUCAUUUAAUACGAACUCUGUGUGUUCCAUACGAUUUUACUUUUUUGAACUUAAAUGUGAAGCUAUGAAAUGAGGGAGAUACAGAGCUUGUUGAGUAUACAACCUGCCUGCUGAAAGAUCUUCACCAGCACCUGUGUCUUCCCAGAGGUUUACAGAGUUUACAUUUGAUCUUCAUGCUUUACUGGUCCAGUUUUAAGUCAACGGCAGAAAUAUUUUGAAUAUUGCACCAUUUAUCUUGAACUGAUUUAGAAGAGACUGCUGAAAUUGAAAUGCACAUACACAUGUAAAUUGUCAAAUUGUAUCUUGGAAUUCCAUUGUUUAUCAUUGUGGAUUUGGAUUUUUCCAGGUAUAUGGGCAUUUGGAAUAAACUGUAGAAAUAGAAUAGACAAUGCUGUAGAUAGCCAAUGUGUGUGUAAUUGUAAAGUUGGUAUCUCUAGUAAUCUGUAGUUAUAGGAAUCAUAUGACUGGAUAAAAUGUUUAGUAAAAUUAAACAUGUAGGAAAUAAUGUAUAAAGAUGCUGUUAAUUUAUUGGUAGAUAUUAUAGCACUGGAGAAAAUAUCCAUAAUCCUUAGGAAAAGCAAUAUGCUUUCUUUAGGUAUAAAGAAGAACCAACUAUUAUUACUUAAUUUAUGGAAAAGUUGGCAAACAUCAACAAAUUUUAUGAAAAAUGACAGUAGCAGAUUAGCAUUUUCAAAUGAACUAUGCCUUAGGCCAACUUUCUUUUAGCAUAAGGUAAGAAAACGUUAGUGGAUAUUUUUUUAAUUAGGGUUUCUUUUUCCUUCCUCUGCGUUUCUGUUUUAGUUCUGAGAAAUCAUGGGUAGUGUGGUUGUAAUGGCACUGUUAACCAAAAUCCCUUUCACAGUGGUUAUCAUUAGAAAAGGCCAAUUACCAUUCUUCAUGUUUUAGUUUUCAGUGGUAGAUUAUGCUCUUCCAAGUUUGGUAAACAACCCAUGUUACAUGUUUUUCAUACAUUACCGGUAUAAGUUGCACAAUAGUUUCUUAAAAGUCUCCAUCUUCUGAAGAGAAAAAAAUGAAAUAUUUUCUCCUAAUAAUCUUCUAAAUAACAGUAGAAACUUAGCUUUUGCCCAUUACUGGUCCAUUGCUAUUAAAAAGCAAAAUUAAUGUUUAUCUAAGCAAAUAUUUCAGAAUGAUUUAUCUUACAAAUAUGUGUAAAGGGGAAUGACAGCUCAGGUAUUUGACAGUUAUAUGCCACAGAAACAGAAAUGAAAGAAAAUUAAAAUGUCAGGAAGGAGCUGGGAGAGUGCUUAAUUGGUAAAGUGCAUAUAAGCAUGAGGACCAGUACCCAUGUGAACAGCUGGGUAUACUGGGUCAGACUUGUAAUUCCAGUGAGUACUGGGGCCAGAGACAGAAGGGUCUCUGUGACUUACUGGCCAGCCACCAUACAGAUUGGACAAGUACCAGGCGAAUGAGAGAUCCUAGCUCAAAAGCCAUGGUGGACAAUUCUGAAGCAGGAUGGCAAGCCAACACACACACACACACACACACACACACACACACACACACACACACACACACACACCAUGUUACACAAUAUUGGGAAGGGAAUUAAAUGCCUCUGAAAAAAUACCCAGUGGAUGAUAUGGUAGUGAUGCAUCAGAGUCACAGGAAGAAUUUGUUGAGACUUGACUGGCUAUCAUCUUCUCGUCCUCCUGUUCCACCACAUUUCUCUCCCUGCCUCUCUGGAGUUUUUAAUUCUGUAGAUUUGUGAUGAGAUGAAACAAUCUGAAUUUGUAACAGGUUCAAAAUAAUGUUGAUUUAGCUGAUCAGGGAUUACUAAGUCAGGAUUACUUUGAGAACAAUUGUGUAUAGUUAUUUGUUUAAAAUAAUAUAUUCAGUAUUGAUUAAUAAUGAAUGUUGAUGUCUUUAAGGGGCUCAAAUUUCUCAAAAUACUUGUUUCUGGACAGAGGGUUUGUAGAAAAGUAAUUUCUUCUGAAACAUACAACGUACAACUUCCUUCAUUUUUAAAAACUCAUUUAAAUAUUUAUUUCACAAAUAGAGCAACACUGCUUGCCCAAAAUGUCCUGGUCUUUGUGUUUCUUGGGUUUUGUUUUGUUUUGUUUUGUUUUGUUUUGUUUUUUAAGAGUUAGGAUUAUGUAUCAUAUGAAAAUAAUGUUUAGCUUUAGCCUGUAUUGUGUUUUAAAUUUAGAUAUUUAUACAUCACUUAUGUAUCACUGUACUUUGUGUUUCCUGAAUGUUUAUCCAAUAUUAUAUGUGGCAUAAAAAUAGAUUUCUGGCCGGGUGGUGGUGGCGCACGCCUUUAAUCCCAGCACUCGGGAGGCAGAGCCAGGCGGAUCUCUGUGAGUUCGAGGCCAGCCUGGGCUACCAAGUGAGUCCCAGGAAAGGCGCAAAGCUACACAGAGAAACCCUGUCUCGAAAAACCAAAAAAAAAAAAAAAAUAGAUUUCUGACAAAUAAUAUUCAUUUUAGUUGCCCUACUUCCCUGUUUGUAUAUCCUAUUUCUUAGGGAAACACUUUUUAAGCACUCAAAGUUACAUACUUUAAACAUUCUUACAUACAUCUUCAUCGGUAUGUUUUACUUGACUCACAGUAUGGAAAUAUUUUACCAAGAUCUGUUUAAGAAUUCAGAAGGAUGCUGCAAUAGAUUAGAACAUUAACAGUUUUCAAAAUAUUUUUUUUCAUUUCUGAAAUGAUUUUUGACUGGUGAAACCUGUUGAAGAGACUUAAUAGGACACAUAGGCAGAUAUACAGAUGACAAGAUAGAUGAAGGGGAAUUUAUCCAUAGCUGCCUGAGCCAUCUCCUUGUAAGUUUAGAUAACAGUAAGGAUUGUGAACGGAGACAGGUUUUACAAGUGAUUUUUUAUUUAAAAAAAAAAUGUAGGCUUAUUUCCUGUAGCGAUCACCAUAAGGUGUUCUAUAGGCCUGCCAGUAAGAUUGACUGCUGUUCAGGUACAUAAGAUGUAAUGAAAUUGAAUGUUCAUGCUGGGCUUGGUAAAUAAAAUGAGAUUGACCCCCUAGCCAUUAUCUCAUUUACCUGAUUUACAUUGUAAAAUCAGGAUCUACGCUAUUGAUUGGAGUAUAAUUAGUUAAUUAUGAACAAGGAAAUGCAAAGUUAUGUGGAGCUUGGACACAGCAGGUUGUGGUGCUAAAAAAUGUCCAAGGGCAUGAGCAGAUGGAGAUCAGUUUAUUAAAGAACAAAGCAGACGUGUUUCAGGUAUGGAAAUGUCUAAUCAUUCUCUCAUGCUGUGAAGAGAUACUUGACCUUAUUGUGUAUUUUCGUAUGAAUUGCCUUGUUUUGUGUUCUGUUUUUUUGUUUUGUUUUGUUUUGUUUUGUUGUUUUUCAUUUUACUUUUAAAGUUGCAAGCUGGCUGUUGCAGAUGUAGAUAAUGAAUUGAAUCCACUCUUUAAGUGGACUUGGAUUUCACUUUUCCCAGAUAGUGUUUCAGUCUAUAGUCACCUGUAAUGAAAAAUUUUAGACUGUCCUGCCACCCACUCAUUCACUGUUGCUGGUGAGAGACAUCCCCAGUAGCAUUAAUGAAAUAGGUUCAUGUGUUCCACAUUGGUCUGAAAUUUGUGAGAUAUGAUUUAAAACACAGUUUCUAAUUAAUUUGUAUAGAAAAUGCUUAUGUAGAUGGCUUGCACUAAAAUUGUUAAAUGUUAUAAGAAAUAAAAUAUCUUAGUUAUAAGUAUCAUACCAUUGAUAGAAUGUAAGAGUGUUGUGACAGUUCAUAUUAUUUAAAAUUUUUAAGGGAACUCAGUAUAUAUUUAUUCUGUUUGUUAAGACAUUUAAUUGAAAGGAUUGGUCACUGUUCACUGAAAUAACCUAUCACUGUAGUUGCUAAAUUUGUGUUUGAAUUGCUAGUAAGGUUUUAUUUAAGCAGUGUUAAUAUUCAAGACUAAUUGAUGGGAAAAUCAGAACCCCACCACACCCCCAAUCUGUUCUCUUGAUGCUCUUGUUUCUAAGUGAAAAAUGUAAUGUGAUGUAGUUUCAGAGACAGUUUUUUAUCCAGCAUUGCAUAGACUGGGCGGGAAGACUGAGUGAGUACUGUGUUCCGUUAAGGUAACAGAAUAUCCACAAUUGUCAACACCAAUGUGAUCCUGAAACAGUACAUCCCUUUUAAAGUCUGAGCCACAGAUUUUGUUUCUUUCUAAAGGCCAGUUUAUCAUGUAGUCAUAAACUACUUGCUUAGGAGGUGUACUCACUUAUUUCAUCUAGUGUUUUUUUAAGUAGUUACUUAGUGUAUGCCCCAAAUGAACUUACUAAUUGGAAAUUAAGAAAAGUUAAAUCAUUUAGAGCAGUGUUUCUCAACCUUCCUAAUGCUGUGACCCUUUAAUAUAGUUCCUCAUGUUGUGGUGACCCCCAACCAUAAAAUUAUAUUUGUUGCUACUUCAUAACUGUGAUUUUGCCACUGUUAUGAAUCAUAAUGUAAAUAUCUGUGUUUUCCAAUGUUCUUAGGCGACCCCUGUUAGAGAGUCAUUUGACUCCCAAAAGGAGUUGAGAACCACUUGAUUAGCUUACCUUUAGGCACAAGAGAAAAAUAAAUCAGUUACAUAUUUUUGCUUGUUUCAACAUUGUCAAUAGUCACUCAACACCCAAUUUAAUGCUUGUGUAGAUCAUAGCACUUAUGGAGAUCAAUCAUUUUCUCUGCUUUGUCUAGGGUGCUAUACUUAAUCAUAAUGCUAAGUAAGUAUUUUACUACAAAUAGAGCUGUGUUUAUUUAUUUAGUCUCUAUGUUUUGCUAAAUCAAUGUGUAAAGACCAUAUAGAACUUCUCUGUCACUUGUAUCUGUAUCAAAUACGAAUGUAGUAUGUAGGAAGUUGUAUUUAAUAGGUACAUAAUUAGUCAGGUUUUGUUUUACAUUAUAAAUUGGGUUUGUUUAAUUUCAUUAAGCUGUAAAUGUUAGGAUACUCUGUAGUCCAAUGUGCACAGUAUUUAUUAGAUAUUUUAAACAUACUUUAAACAUUGGGUUUACAUUUUAUUUAAAGACACAUUCUUCAUAUGCUAGUUUUAUAUUCUCUUUUCAUGUUUAAGGUAUUGCCUUCUUUUUUAUUAUAAUGUGCUAUUGAUAUAAUGUUUUUAUUACAUAAACAUUUGUUUUGUUUAAUAAAGUAUGUUGUGUUAUAUCACAAUACUUUUGUGGGUCAUUGACUUCCUUUGAAAACUUGUUUUUAUUCACUUUAUUUUGACAAAUUAAGUAUGUGUUAUUGUAUUGUUGGAAUUAAAAUUUGUUCAAGUACUUAUUAAAACUAGAAACUAAGUAAAAUUGAUCAGUUACUGUUUUUACCGUUGUAGUUUUCAGAAUAUAGCCACUAUGGACUUACUUUUUGAGUUUUAAAAAUACUUGAAUUUUCUAUGUAGCCCAAAUUUGCUAGUUGCUAAAUUUUGAUAAAAAUUUUACACUGGUAUGUAUGCAUGUGUAUUAUGGUCUAUUAUUUUAAUCUUCUAUAUUCUAUGUUCUGAGGAUUUUAAUGAUAUCUCUGAAAUUCAUCAAUGGCCCUAUAGUUAACACAAAUUCUUGCAAAUUCUGCUAGAUUUAACCUCUGCUGUUUAGGUGAUAAUUGUAACCAGUACCUAAAAUUGUGAUUUCUUUCAGUUUAACAGAAUUAAUGAAUUUUUUUUCUACAUGAAAAUAACUUGUAAAAUUCCUUUGGAUAUCUUAUAUUUAUUAUUUACUUGGCAAACCUAUUAAUUUCAAAUGGGGUGUUUCUCUCUGUGUUUCUUUUUCUGUCUCUUGGAUUUUGGUGGUUCCUAAGGGUAGAGACCACCGCUUUAUGCUAUUUAAACUUGGAGUUGCAGCUUUUACUUCCUGGUGAGUAAGCAAGGACCUUAGAGAACUAUCCUAACACCCCCAGUUGUCCACCAUCAUGAGAAAGACGUCCUGAAAUGUACUCUGAUGAAAGUGUCAGGAAGAAUUAGGUCAUCUCAAAAGAGCAAAUGCUUCACAGCAUCUUCUGAAAGAGCUACCAAUACCAGAACAGGUAUUGGAUCAUUUAAAUUUUUUAAAUAUAUUUUUAGAUGCCUCAUUUCAAACAUUGUCAGUUUUCACAAGCUCAAUAGUUUUGAUGGUCUAAAUUCUGCAUACAGAAGUUCCUUUAAGAAAAUUGUUAAAAUUAUUGUUGUAAAAAUAUACUGAUAAUAUUAGGAGGCAAUGCUGGUAGUUUUUAAGCAAGUAAUAAUCCCCAAAAACUUGAAAAAUUGAAUGUAAGAAAUCAGACAAAACAGUAGGUGAAUGGUAUUUUAACUACAGAGACUUGACACAGACAUGUAGUAACAACUGCACUCAGGACUGAUGAUCCCAGUGUAGCAGAGAAGAGAAAUGGCAUUUUAUGUAUCCCAAAUAAUGGUAUAAACCAAAUAAUGGUGCUCUUUAUAAGUUUGCCAUCAAGGAUUAGUGACAUAUUAGACCCUGUACUUCAAGCAGUGUUCCUUUCCUAUCUAUGAAUUUGGACCUUCUCAUCAGCUUAAAAAAGUCAUACUUCAAAAGUUUCUGUACCCCAAUAUUUAGUGUAAUGGAAAUUUUAGCCACUGAAAUAUAAAUUAGUUCAAUUGAGAAAGGAAGACCCUGAAUUGUAUGGGCUUACUAUAUGGUAUUCUUAUUUUACAUUUGAAAUUAGUUAUAUAAUCUUAUUUUUAAAUGCCGGAGCAACAGUAUUUGAACAUUCUAAUUUUUAAUAUAUUUUGGAUGCUUUUAUUUCAACCAAUGGUAAAAUAUAUAGCAUUUAUUAGUUCUGUUUUAUUUUAUUCACUCUUGUAACUGGAAUUACAGUAAAUGUAUAAUUAUGGUUAAUUUCUUGAGUCUCAAAGGUUUGAGAAAAGUUCAUUUACUAUUUCAUUGAUAAGAAAUGAGUUGUAGAGAAAUAAUGGAUAAGCGAUGGCAGGUAACUGUCUCACACUGUUUUGUGCCUGGAUAACUUGGCUCUUGAGAGGCUAGGUUUUUGUAACAUGGUAAGAAAUUUUUACUUAAAAUAUAGGUUAUUGUUUCCUUUAUUGUGAUCAUUUCCUAAAGUUAGUUUUCUUUCUUUCUGUGGCAUAUGCAUAAGAUUAACUCCUUUCUGUAUUUUCCCAAUGCUUAUUAAAUAGGAAUUUUGUAUUGUAUUCAAGCAGUCUGCUUAAUAAAUUGCUUCCUUGGUG